AUGGUGCUACUGAAAAUUCUGAAAAAAAUAAAAGAAAAGCAAAGAAAUAUAAGAAUAAUAAUCUUAGGGUUAGAUAAUGCUGGUAAAACUACCAUAGUUAAAAGAUUAUUAGGAGAGGAUAUAUAUAAAGUUAGUCCGACGUUUGGUUUUACUAUUGAGACUUUAUAUUUUGAUAAUCAUUUUAUUAAUAUUUGGGAUAUAGGGGGACAGAAAAGUAUCCGACAUUUCUGGAAAAAUUAUUAUGAAAACGUUGACGGAAUUAUUUAUGUUAUUGAUAGUAGUGAUUUAUUUAGAAUACAAUUAUGUUCAUAUGAGUUAAAACAAAUUUUAAAAGAGGAGAGAUUAUACGGAUGUUCCUUACUUAUUUUAUCAAACAAAGUGGAUAUUAAGAAUUCCCUAAAUAUCGGCAAAAUUGUGGAGAUUUUGAAGUUAAAUGAAAUGAAUAUUGACAGGCACUGGUAUAUAAAUGAGUGCAGUGCUUUUUCUGGAAAAGGUUUAUUAAAAUCUUUUAUGUGGUUAAUUGAUGACAUAACUUGUAGGAUUAAUAAUAAUUACUGA